AUGCGUCCCAAUGCCGAGCUGAGGAGGCAAGUCAUUGCCAUAUACAAAGAACUCUUAUUCCUCGGCCGCGAAUAUCCUCUUGGUUACGGCUACUUCCGCCCCCGUCUGCACAAAGCCUUCAUGUCUCGUGCCGCCGAGAGAGACGAGGACAAGAUUCGCGCGGGCAUCAAGCAGGCCGAAUACGUAAAGAAAGAAAUUGAAGCUCUGUAA